AUGCAGGAAAACUCGCACUUCAAAGUCAUCAUCGUUGGUGCCGGCGUCACAGGCCUCACGCUUGCUCAUUGCCUAGCCAAAGCUGGCAUCGACUUCGUCCUCUUGGACAAAGGCGUGGUGGCACCGAGCUUCGGCACUACGAUUACCCUCCAGCCUCAUGGGUGCCGAAUCCUACACCAAUUGGGCUGCCUAGACGCCGUACUGGCCAAGUGCGAUACCAUGGGCGGUGCGCAUUGCCGUGAUCCCACUGGUACGAGCUUUGCCUCCAACGACUUCUUUGGUGUUGUGCGAAAAUAUGCGGGUUAUGAUACUAGGACACUUGACCGUCAAGUAUUCCUGCGUCAGCUCUACGAGCUGCUGCCCGAUAAGUCUCAAGUCUACGAGAAGGCCCGGGUUGAGGAGAUUAUAGAGCAGGAUUCGAUUGCUCGCGUCAUCUUAGCUGAUGGUCGUGAGUUCGUUGGUGAUGUAGUAGUUGGUUCUGAUGGCGUUCAUUCCAAAGUCCGCGAAAUCAUGUGGGACAAAGCCAAUGCUGUGCGCCCUGGGAUGAUCACUGUCAAUGAGAAGAGAGCUAUGGUCACUCAAUACAAUGCCAUCGUAAUGGCAAGCUCGCCAGUUCCUGGUAUUGGCGCUCACGACAUGGAAAUAACCUCCAAUGACAAGUACUCUUUUCUCCUUCUCUGCCAACCAGACUGGAUAUCCAUCAUUGUGCACAGCAAGCUCCCUGAGCACCAGCAGUGUACGUGGCCCACGCGCCGACGUUAUACUGAGGCCGAUAUGGAGGCGCUCGUGAGUAAGAUAUCUGAGCGUCCUGUCACAGAUACUGUCGUAUUUGGGGAAUUGUGGAAGCGACGUCUGAAAGCACAAAUGAUAUCACUUGAAGAGGGGGUUUUAGAACAUUGGACCUCUGGCCGAAUUGUUCUGGCUGGAGACGCUGUCCAUAAGGUCACCCCGAACUCUGCCCUUGGAGGCAACACAGCAAUGGAGGAUGCAGUCGUAAUCACGAACACACUGUAUGCUCUAUUAGCUAGGCACCCAAACAAAAAGCCCAGUGACGUAGAGUUACAUGAUGCCAUGCUCCAGGAGUACCAAGACACGCGAGUAGAACGGGCUCGGGCCAUAGUCAAAGCUGGAGGUGUCUUGACGAGGCAGCAAGCUUACGACGGUUGGAAGGCCUAUGUCACCCAGCGAUGGCUGACGCCCAUCAUAGGACUUGAUGCAUUAGCACAGAAGAUUGCUGGUCUAUGCGUUACAGCGCCUAAACUGAACUUUGUCAUGUUCGAUGAAAGGAGAGGGAUUCUGGGCUGGCAAGACACGAUGGAGGCUGAGAAGAAGCGUGCAAUGAAAGGCAAGGUGGUGGAGAAGGGGAAGGCAGGAAUAGCUUGGAAUAAUUGGAAUGGUGGAUUUGAAGCUGCUUUUCCCGCCUCUGGAGAUCAUGUGUUUGGCUUUGCGACGGAUAGGUCAGGUUUUGUCGAGCUUUACAACACGAGCUGGAUAAAGGCUAACUGA